AGCCUGAGAACCACCGCGCGAGAAUGCACGUCAGUAUCCAAGUGCAUGCCUGUACGGCGUGGGCGUCUGAGCGUGCCCCUGUGGCCCAUGUGAAAGAAGUGAUGAAGUGCUGUAGGGCCGCCCGCCCUGGGCCCAAGGACACCUUCAAAACCGCCCACACGCACGAACAGGGCGGCCACAGAGCCCGUAAGACGGCCACGGCUCCCGUUCUUGAUGUUAUCCCGACGAGGAGGACGAGGAGGACGAGGAGGACAAUGAAACCCGCUCUGACCGAUCGCAACCCGGCAAACAACCCAGGGUGGGGGGGAGAGGUGCACCUCCCAGAAAGAAAGAGGGUUUGGAAGAGGAGAGGAAGAAUUCGUUAGACCACUUUAGUCCAAAGGGCCUGUUGGGAUUUGACUUCGACACAAAGCCAGCACUGCCUGCACGCAUGCCGCAUGCCCCCGAGUCCGACUACAUGUUCAAAGUCCUUCUGAUUGGCGAUUCUGGCGUUGGCAAGUCUAACCUUCUCCUCCGGUAUGCGGACGACUUCUACAAGCCUGAUUUCGAGUCGACGAUCGGUGUGGACUUCAAAGUGUGCACGCGUACAAUCGAUGGACAAAUUGCCAAGAUGUACCUCUGGGAUACCGCUGGCCAGGAGCGCUUCCGCACGAUCACCAACAGCUACUACCGUGGGUCUCAUGGCAUCAUCGUCGUGUACGACGUGACCGACCGCGAGUCAUUCAGCCGUGUGCGGAUGUGGAUGCAGGAGAUCGCCAAGUAUGCAUCGCCCUCCACUCAGAAGAUGCUGGUCGGCAACAAGGUGGACCUUGUCUCCAAGCGAGUAGUGACCACCGACGAAGCCCAGAUGAUGGCAGAAGAGCUACAGGUGCACUUCGUCGAGACAAGCGCGAAGAACUCGCACAACGUCGAGGGCGCGUUCGAGAUGCUCCUCCGCGACAUGGUGGCGAGCGCGGCGCAGGCAGAGCCCACGCAGAACAGGCCUGGCCUUCCGCUGCGGCGCGAGGCCGUUUCGGGGCAGGGCUGUUGCAACUGAGUUUUUUUUAUCGUUCCACCCAGCAGGGCCCUCCCUGAGCAGGUUGCUCUCGUCUUCGGUCUUUACAUCAGGCCCUCGCUUUUGACUCCGGCUUCUUGCAUUUGCCGUGAGGCCCUCGUGUUUCCCUUCUCUCGGGGUUACCGCCUCCGGUCGCGCAGAGUCGUCGCGUCCCGGUAGGGAUGACGCUGCCUGCCGCACGAUGUUUUUUUUGUGGUCCACACGAACGGCUCUGCCUACACGUCCUCCGCACCUGCCGCGGCCCCAGUGCAGAUAGGGGCCCGCAGACGACAGAAGCAUGUACAGAACGCUUCUCGGGCAAGAUGUGCGAGGCAGAAAAAAGGUGUCGGGUCCAUGCCGGAACUUGUCUCGUGGAGCAUCCGCGACGUCCUCGCAACCGAGGCAUGGACCCCCGUCCCCCGCUCCAGCGCGCAUCGGGUGAGCGCGUUAUUUUCUUUUGGAUUCGCCGCCGUGCAGGAGAAGACAACCACACAGUACUGAUUUGUCAUGCGGGCGCGGGAAAGACGGUAACGCAAUUCUUUUGGCAGCCCCAGUCUUAUCGGAGUCAGGUUGUGUUCCCUCCAGUUCACCGUCGAAGUAACAACAGGCCAGCCCAUUUUCGAGUGCGCACCAGUCAUUUGUGCACUGGCAUGCAGUAGCUAAUGCCAGGAAGGUGCUGCAACGAUGAAGCGAGUGGAAGACAACAUGGUGUAGGUUGUGAAAAAACCGCAGUGCGCCAGCUUGUGGUACAGUGCACGGGAGGGGGGGCAUUCGAGGCACGUGGUUUGCGCGACUGCUUCCAUGCGCCAGCGGCAUAACUUGACCUCCUUGAGGGCCAGGCC